CGGCCCGGCCCGGCCCGGCCCGUCCGGCGCGGCCGCCGCGAUGAACAGCGUGGGCGAGGCGUGCACCGAGCUGAAGCGCGAGUACGACCAGUGCUUCAACCGCUGGUUCGCAGAGAAGUUCCUCAAGGGCGACAGCGCCGGCGACCCCUGCGGGCAGCUCUUCAAGCGCUACCAGCUCUGCGUGCAGAAAGCAAUCAAAGAAAAGGACAUACCCAUUGAGGGCCUGGAGUUCAUGGGCCCAAGUAAAGGAAAAACUGAGAACUCCUCCUGAUGUUGCCAGUAUGGGUGGAGUCACUAACAGCAGCCUUUGGACUGAGCACCAGCGCCAGGUGUGCCACAGGUGCCACCAGAAGACCUUUGUUAACUGCUUUUUAGGAAGUGACAGAUGUUCUCUGCUUGUGAAAACAAACAGCUAAAAGAAAAAAAAAAAAAAAAAAAAAAAAAAAAAAAAACCAAAAGAAAAUGGAUAAUGUGGUAACUGCUGCCUCCUUGCCAGUGAAACUUGGUGGUGGUUCAGCAUCUGACAGCUUAAAAAUUCAUGUGAGCUUCCUACUGAAUGUACUCUGCAGUGGGGAAUGCUGGUUGGAGUGGGCUGGGAUGGGUUCUCUGUGACUGAUUUCUUUUGCUUAUUUAUAUAACACUUCAAAGUGUUUAAAAAGAAUAUGAAGGGGGUUGAUGUACUUGCUAUCAUCUCUAUGCUGUUGAAUUUUGGUGAUGAAAUUAGUUUCAUGUAAUCCUGAAGGGCUUAAGCACUGUUUUGUGUCAGCUGCAGAGAUGGUUUAAGAGCACUAGUGGACCUGCAACAGCUUGGCUAAAAUAAA